AUGGAGAAUCAGCAAGAGGAGACCCAGGAUGGCUCCUCUAUUAAGCCAGUGUCUUCCCUCCGCGCUCAGUUCGAGAACCUCCUCAGCACCAACAAGCCAUCCGCGCCUGCCACCCCGCGACAGCGCUCCCCCGGCGCCAGCGACCGCCUUCCGAUGCCCGAGGACAACAGGAGAACAGACGGGCGCAUAUCCCUCGACAUGCCGAGGGACAAGGACUAUACAGAGAGACCCUCGCCCAGUGUGGCCGACUACAGUGGGAGUGGGACAGUGACACCGCGCUCAAACACCCUCGGACGCUCGCUCUGGGGCACUCCAAAACAGAGACCGACGUCGAUGAUGGCCUUCUCCCCACCUAGAUCGCCUACAAGAUCACCUCCAAAGGUUACUGUCCAAUCGCCCAGAUCACCGCCCAAGUCUUCCGCAUCUCCUAUACACUCGCCGCAACCUUCGAAACCGACCACUCAUGCUGCAUUAGAUUCGCCCUCGUCAGCGUCUGGUGGGAAAAGAUUCUUCAAAAUGCCCAGUCGCAAUGGCACUCCUGGUGUGGAUGCGAAACCUGUAUUUCCAACCCAUACCGGCAACGGCCCCUCCAACGACCCGCGAAAGGGCGACCGACCAGUAUCGUCGGCCCCGCCUGUACCGCCGCCUGUAAACCGAGCGGGAAAGCCUAAGAUCCCACCAAAGUCGCUUUCCGUGGACCCCUCAGCUCGCGGAAACCUAGCACCCGAAGCCACAUCGGAUGCUGCAGACGUGUCUCCAUUCAGUACACCACCCAGCAGCAGUGGAGAUAGCGUCAAGGGCGAGCCUUCUCCGCCAGUCAUUCCAGGCUUCUCGAAACCCAAGUUUAUCACAAGUAACAAUGGAUAUUUCCCAGCACCUCCGAUACAUCCUGCGGUUGCAGAGAAGUUACCUACCACAGACUCUCGGUCAACAGGCAAGCAGCCCAUCAAGAAGGCCAUGCCACCGCCAUCACCGAAUGACAUGCCAGAAGACCGCCCAUCACUACCUAUGCGACGAGAGAAAGACAACUUCGACCUGCGGAAGAGCGUUCAACUACAGAGGGCAGCACCCCCUGAUUUGCCAGUGCGACGAUCCUUCGAUCAGACUCGACCUGGUCAAUUAGUACAAGAGACGAACAAUAAAUUCAUGCCGCCUCCCCGGCGGACCAACACAACUGGGACCAUGUCCGCUAGUUCCGGAAAAGCGUUAGAACCUCCGAAACCACCGCCUCCACGAAAUUCUGGGGAAAUGAGAAGGCCUUCCCAGACACCAUCUGUACAAGCAUCGCAGCUAUCACAGCCGUAUACUUAUGAUUCUGAUGAGGAGGACACAGGUGGAGACAAGCAACCGACGGCCGCCCUGACCGACUACCCAGAUUCAUCGCAAGCGAACAGAAGGCCUCCAGUAUUUCCGGAUGGGGUAGCUGGCAUUCCGACAGGCUACGAGACUAAGUUGUUUGCGAUUUGCGGCGAUUACAUAUGUACGACCGGAUACGUGACAAACGUGUGGAACGUUCUGAAUGGGAGAUUGCUCAUGAGUCUAGCCCAUGGUGAGACAGUCAAAGCCACAGCAAUUGCAUUCCGGCCAGCGAAGGAUGUCGAAGACGAAGGCAAGCGGUUAUGGUUAGGGACUAACACUGGCGAAAUGCAUGAAAUUGACAUACCUACACAAAGCGUAGUGUACACUAAGAGUAACGCGCACGCGAGGAGUGUUGUCACCAAAAUCUUCCGCUAUGCCUCAGAAAUGUGGUCUCUCGACGAAGACGGCGUAUUACACAUUUGGCCAGCGGACGAAUCAGGAUGCCCAUCCCUGCAGCAGGCUCCGCUUACGUACCGUAUACCUCGCGGAAGCACAUUUUCCAUCAUUUCGGGAUCGCAGUUAUGGGUAGCUUCGACAAAAGAUAUCCGGGUAUAUGCUCGCACAUCCGACAACAACUACUUCCAGCAAUUGACACAGGGUCCAUUAUCUCAGCUCAAUGUCGGAGACGUCACUUCCGGUGCUAUCAUCAGCAGUCAGCCCGACAAAAUGUACUUCGGACAUGCGGAUGGAAAAGUUACAAUAUACUCCAAGAAGAACUUCGAAUGUCUUGGGAUUGUGAACGUCAGUGUAUACAAGAUCAGCUCCCUGGUUGGUGUUGGUGAUUUCCUCUGGGCUGGCUACAGUACUGGAAUGAUAUACGUGUACGAGACCAAGUCGACACCCUGGAAGGUGUUGAAGGAUUGGAAGGCACAUGAGAAGCCAAUUGCGGGCAUCUUGGCCGAUCGUACAAGUAUCUGGAAACUCGAUAGAUUCCAGGUUGCAUCAUUAGGCACGGACACAAUGCUGCGCGUCUGGGACGGGAUGAUGAAAGAGGAUUGGCUUGAAAACUUGAUGCAACAACGCGAUUCUGAGUACUGCGACUUCAGGGAGCUCUCGGCGCGAGUCAUGACGUGGAACGCGGGCGCGACGAAACCCGCAAAUAUACGGAAUACGGAGCAAGAUCGAAACUUUUUCCGGGAAAUAGUCGAACCUGGAAAUUCUCCUGACAUUCUCGUUUUUGGUUUCCAGGAGUUGGUCGACCUGGAAGACAAGAAGAUCACCGCCAAGAGCAUCUUCAAGAGAAAGAAGCAUAAAGAGACAUCCGAGCAUGAGCACAUGUCUCACCAAUAUCGUGCAUGGCGAGACCAUCUUGUUCGUGUCUUGGACGAGCAUAGUCCAAACGAGAAUUAUGUUCUCUUGCAUACCGCCAACCUUGUCGGUCUCUUCACCUGUGUAUUCAUAAAAGCUUCGGAACGGACCAAAAUCCGCGAUGUGUGCGCAGCUGAGAUCAAGCUUGGCUUCAGUGGUCGAGUCGGCAACAAGGGUGCGCUUGUAGUGCGCUUCUUUAUUGACGAUUCCUCACUCUGCUUUAUCAAUUGCCAUCUUGCGGCCGGUCAGACACAAACCGUACAUCGCAACAACGACGCAGCCGCAAUUAUGGAGAACGCGCCAUUACCGAAGAACCGCUCCCCGACUUCAUGCGCAAACUACUUCGUUGGGGGCGGUGAUGGGUCCAUGAUUCUUGACCACGAAAUUUGUAUCUUGAAUGGAGAUCUCAACUAUCGCAUUGACGCAAUGCCUCGCAAUACUGUUGUCGCUGCUGUGCAACAAGGCAACUUGGCGAAACUUCUCGAGCGCGAUCAACUGCUUCUAUCUCGCAAGCGCAAUCCUGGUUUCCGCCUGCGUGCCUUCACAGAGGCGCCCAUCAACUUUGCCCCGACUUACAAGUAUGACGUAGGAACAGACAACUACGAUACUUCUGAAAAACAGCGUUCACCAGCGUGGUGCGAUCGAUUGCUAUACCGCGGCUUGGGUAGGAUCAAGCAGUUGGAUUACCGGCGGCACGAUUGCAUCAAGGUCUCGGAUCAUCGUCCUGUCAGUGGGACGUUCAAACUUCGUGUCAAAACGAUCAAUUCGAAGAGACAGGAUGCGACAAGAGACAAGGCCGAAGUUGAAUUUGAGGCAGUGCGGCGGCGGAUAGCUGGAGACAUCAAACUCGACUACCUGAUCAAUGUCUUUGGUCUAUCCAACAAAGAAGCUCAGAAGUUACUAAAAGGAGCUUGA